UCAUUUCCUGGCAGGGGCGGAAAAUAUCGGGCUAUUCUCUUUAGUGUUUGCCCUGUCUACACUCACCCUCUCUACCUCUUCCCCGUAUUUUCAUACUAAACCUGUCCAGAACCCCUUAAAACAGGACGAAACCGAACAGACACUAUACUUUAACAUCGUAACUCAUGGAGUAAAUCACAACUGGAGAGAAAUAAACCGAGGUAAAGCUUUGCAGUCGUCCUUCAUUCUACAAACCCUCACUGUGCUGCUCUCUCUUUCAUACAACCCUUCUUCGCGAAGUUCUCUUCCUACCUGACUGCAAAGUCUAUACCUGGUCAUUCAAACAACCCACCUCCCUACCAGCCAAUCAGAAUGUCACAGCUUCAGUUCCAGGUGCCUGGCAACCCUGCACCCAGUGCCGCCCCUUUACAGCUGGCCCCACCCCAACCCGGAUUCAGCAUUCCCUGCGCCGCUGCUCCUUUACCCUCAGAGAGUGCCAGUCACCCGCUCCGAAACUCCGCCCUGCCUUCCGCCUCUGCCACACCCUUCUGCAACCCCACAGUAUCUAACAUGGCAAACCCUAAAGAGAAGACCCCUAUGUGUUUGGUAAAUGAGUUAGCCCGUUACAAUAAGAUCCAACCUGAAUACAAGCUACUCAGUGAACAAGGACCAGCCCACUCCAAGAUAUUCUCAGUGCGGUUAACUCUGGGGGAUCAGCACUGGGAUGCAGAGGGGACCAGUAUCAAAAAAGCCCAGCACUCAGCAGCAACAUGUGCUCUCGCCCAAACCACUCUCCCCAAACCCAGUCACAGAAGCCCCCGCCACCCAGGCAAGAACCCAGGUGGGAUCUACAAGGGCUCAGAGUAUAAUGUAACCCACACUGUGGAGCUUAAUGCACUUUGUAUGAAGUUGGGCAAGAAGCCCAUCUACAAACCUAUAGAUGCCUACCAGGGGAUGAGACCAGCAUUCAACUACAACAUCAGAGCACCAGGCCCUUAUGCACGCUCCAUGCAGCAUUAUUACUACCCAUUUCCUCCUGUGGGGCCAGUACUGUAUCAUAUGGAGCUGUCUAUCGGUGGACAACAGUUCCAUGGCAAGGGCCGCACGCGUCAAGCAGCCAAACAUGACGCUGCGGCUAAAGCUAUCAAAUAUCUGCAGAAAGAGCCAAUAAUGCAGCAACUAGCUGAGAUGAACGAAGAGCCAGUUCAAGAAAACCUUAACAAAUCAGAGAUCAGCCAAGUGUUUGAGAUUGCACUGAAGCGCAACAUGCCUGUGAAUUUCGAGGUGCUAAAAGAGACUGGGCCUCCCCACAUGAAGAGUUUUGUGGUGAGGGUAACUGUGGGCGAGUUUUCAGGGGAGGGUGAAGGCAAAAGCAAGAAGAUCGCCAAGAAACUAGCUGCCAUCGCUGUCCUGGAGGAGCUCCGCAAACUGCCUCAACUACCUGUCACCGACAAGAUACCACUACGUAUUAAAAAGAAAAGCAAGUCUAUUAUUAAGCUGCAGACCAGCCCUGAGUACGGUCAGGGCAUGAACCCCAUCAGCAGACUGGCUCAGAUCCAGCAGGCUAAGAAAGAAAAAGAGCCUGAGUACACUUUAGUGACGGAGAGAGGACUGCCUCGACGCAGGGAGUUUGUUAUGCAGGUGUCAGUUGCAGGUCAGAAUGCAGAGGGAAUGGGACCUAGUAAAAAAGUGGCCAAGCGAAAUGCAGCCGAGAAGAUGCUGGAGCUUCUGGGCUUCAAAGUGCCUCAGCCACAACCACCCAAACCGGCACUGAAAACGGACGAGAAGGCACCUGCUAAGAAACCUGGAGAUGGACGUAAAGUGACCUUCUUUGAGCCGGGCUCUGUGGAGAAGGCUGGUCUUGCAAUCAAUAAGGAGGAGGAUUUCCGAGUUCCCUUCCUCAGCCAUCAGCAGCUUCCUGCUGGCAUUUUACCCAUGGUGCCUGAGGUGGCACAGGCAGUGGGUGCCAACCAGGGACUCCAUGCCAAAGACUACGGUCGCACAGCUGCCCCCAACCCAGCCAUGGCCACAGUAACGGCCAUAAUAGCCAAUGAGCUGCUGUACGCUGGGACUUCCCCGACCGCAGAGGGUAUACUGAAGACCAACAACAGCUUGGCACAGAGACCCCACGGACCCCUCACCAGACCGUCCGAACAGCUCGGCUACCUUGCUAUUAUACAGGGCUUACAGGUUGAAUACAAAGACUUUCCCAAAAAUAACAAGAAUGAGUUUGUCUCUCUAAUCAACUGCUCCUCUCAGCCCCCUCUCAUCAGCCACGGCAUCGGCAAGGACGUGGAGUCCUGCCAUGACAUGGCUGCUCUGAACAUCCUGAAGCUCCUGUCAGAACUUGACCAGCAGUCCAAUGAGCGCACAGCUAAUGGACCAAUGACAGGAUGCAACAAACAAGACCUUGAGGGUGAUGCAUUAUUAAAACCGGCUAACUCAAGCACCAUCGGAAAGACUCUGGACGGCACAGUGUAGAAUUGACUAUUUGAUUGGUCGUUUUAUUUGCGAAACACUAGAGAAAAGUCAGAAGCAGAGUUUUGAUUGGCUGCUCAAAAAGGCCUUUUGAGAUUCUUAAUAGACCAUAGAUUUAAAAAAGUUAAAGUAUUCAAAACACCGUUAAACAAGGUCAAGAGAUGUUGAUGUUGUUAAAUCGUUCACAUGCAGUGAUACAUUUUUAAACGCUAAGGCUUUGGAAAAGUCGCCUCAUCAUAUCCAGUGAAGUGGUGGUUUUGUUUUUGUUGUUAAAUUGUAAAACGAUUAUAGUGAAGUUUGACUUGAGUAGAUCGGCUUUUCUUCGUUGCUCCAAGGACGUCAUGUUUUCAGUGUCAUGAUUUUUUUGUUCUCGCUUUUAUUUUUCGUUAUUUUUAACGUAUUAUAGGAACCCAGCGAGUUGGGUUGUUGUGUUAGCGCUGUUGUGAAGUGCAGUAUAAAACCCCAUUGAAGGAUAUGAUGAAGCUCUCAAACAUGUCUCUGCUGUGGUGGUUUUUCUCCAGUGCUUUUUGAGUUACAAUGACGACCAUAACACUCACACAAAAAAAAAAAAUAUUUCAUCUACAUUUUCAUGUAGGUCUGGGAAAAUGUUGUGACUUCAGUGUAGAGUGUGUGUGGUGGUGUUUUUUGUUGUGUGUAUGGAAGCGAGUGAGUGAAUGUUUGUUUCAAGCACGAUAAUCUUCAGUCAUGUCAGUUAAACUGAUGAAUUCUACUAUCAGUGUUGACCCUGCCCAUCUCUCUACCAGUUGCAUCCUGUUUUCCUCAUGGAAUAAGAGUAAAAAUGAUGUGCCUCUUGCACAAAUAAAAA